CCCGGCUGCUCUCGCAAACACCAAACACUCGGAAGAGGAGCGUCGGGCGCAGGACAAAGCCUUCAGGCCUAGACAGGGCCGUGAGAGCCGCGAGCCAAUCUCAUGGCACCCACCGCGUUCCAGCUCCGCCAGGCCUCCGCCGGCUCGGUGCUCUCCGAGGACACACGCGACGACCACCUGCACCUGUCCGACAUUGCGUCGGUUGGCACGGAGGAGGGCGACACGCCCGACGUGUCGACGGUCAAGCAGCGCUUGUCCCUCUUCCAGCGGCUGCGGCAGAGGUGGCUGCUCGGCCGGGCCGCGGGCAAGAUGGUCAAUCCGGAGGCGUCGCGACUCGUGCCGCGCAGCGGCAGCUCCAAGUCGCGCCGCUCGCGCCGGCAGAGCACGAUCAACGUGCCCUCCGCGCUGCUGCUGCGCGCGCUGAUCGCACGGCUGGAGAAGCGCGGCGUGGACGUGGACGGCGAGGCUGCGGAGGAGCUGUCCCUGCUGCUCCGCUGGCACGUGCGGCACGGCCUGCAGGAGUCCUCUCUUUGGCUCGUCGACGCUUUCGACCAGCUGUCGACCGGAGGCUGGGAGCAGGCUGCCGAUCGGACUUCGGGGCUCGUGUCUGCGCCGGGGUGGGACGGGAAGAGGGAGGCGCUGGCGGACCGGUUCAUCGACGGGCUCUGCGCGCUGAUGCGGCGCGCGAACUCCCGCAGGACGCGCGCGAAUUACCGCAUGAUGUCCCAAAAGGAGUGGCAGUUCGCGCAGGCCGAGUCGUUUAUGUUUGUGAUGCCGGUCGACGUUGCGUGGGAGGCACUCGAUUCGUCGCUCAUCUCGCGGCUGUUUGUGCUGCGCGGCGCCGGCAUCGACACGCAGAGGAUCAACCUCGGCCGGCUGAUCCCGUCGUUUUGCCUGCUGCUGCGCCGCUUCUUCCUGCGCCGCUACCGCACCACCCACGGGGCCGAACCCAGGCUGGAUUCGACCACUGCGGAGGUGCGGUACUAG